CAGGGGACAGCUGGUCACACAGAGGUUUCCGAGACAGAAUUCUAAGAGCACAAGGUAACCCUUCAAAAUGAAAGCCGUGGUGCUGGCGUUGGCUGUGGUCUUCCUGACGGGGAGCCAGGCUCGGCAUUUCUGGCAGCAAGAUGAACCCCAGACGUCGUCGUGGGACCAAAUGAAGGAUUUGAUCAAUAUCUACCUGGACACGGUCAAAGAUAGUGGCAAAGACUACGCGAGCCAGCUGGAAGCCUCCGCCCUGGGCAAACAGCUCAACCUGAAACUCCUGGACAACUUGGACAGCUUGAGCACCAGUGUCAGCAAACUCCAAGAGCAGCUAGGCCUUCUGUCCCAGCAACUCUGGAGCACCCUGGAGGAGGACACCUCCCAGCUGCGGCAGAUGUUGAACCAGGACCUGGAGGAGAUGAAGAAGAAGGUGCAGCCCCACCUGGAUGAAUUCCAGAAGAAGUGGCAGGAGGAGGUGGAGCUCUACCGGCAGAAGGUGGCGCCGCUGGGCCAGGAGCUGCAGGGUCUGCAGGAGAAGCUGGUGCCCCUGGGCGAGGGCCUGCGUGACCACGCGCGAAACCUCGUGGACAAGCUCCGCCCCUAUGGCGAGGAGGUGCGCCAGCGGCUGGCCAGCCGGCUCGAGGAACUCAAGACCAGCAGCCUGGCCCAGUACCCCGCCAAGGCCCGAGAGCACCUGAGCACCAUCAGCGAGAAGGCCAAGCCCGCGCUGGAGGACUUCCGCCAGAGCCUCCAACCCAUGGCGGAGCACUUCAAGAACACCCUCACGACCCUGUUCGAUGAGGUCUCCAAGAAGCUGGAUGCCCAGUGAGGCGCCCGCUGCCCGCGUCGGGUUCUUAGAAUAAAGACGUUUCCACCUUG